AUGCUUCAAAGCAAGAGUGGUGAAAUUCGAAUGCUUAUUAAAAAAAUAGCAGAACCGUUUUCAUCCCAUUCCAUACAAAAGAAUAAAUAUAUGAAGAAUAGAUUUUCAACAGAAAGAAAAAUAUUAAUCUAUGAAUAUGUGCAUGAAGAUGAUUGUUUUUUAUCAAAAAAAAGUAACUCCAUUAAAUCUAUUAUGAAUUAUAAUUAUGUUAAUAAAAAAAUUAAUGAAAUAAAUUAUAUUUUAAAAAAUAAUAACAAAAUUGACACAUUAAAUAAAGACAAAAUAAUAGAUAACUUAUAUAUCUUAUGUGUCAAGGGGAAUAUAGGUUUAUCUGAUGAAAGAAUAAUAUACUAUGUUAAUAAUGUAUUAGAUUAUAUUAAUAAAUAUAUAAAUCAUAAUGGUGAUACAAUUCUUUUUACCCAAUCUGAUAGUUCAGAAAAAAAUAUUCCCCAAAAUUAUUUAACUGAUGAAAAUAAAAAUGUGUGUAACCAAAAAAAUAUUCUUGAUAUAGAACGGUAUAUAAAAUUUUUAAAAGUUUUAAGAGUAUUAAAUAUAGAAAAUAGUUUUAAUAAUUUAUUAAAAUAUAUUAGUAAGAAUAUUCAUUUUUUUCAUAUUGACAUAGUUCGAAAAAUAUCAGUAAAUCAUAAAUUUAAUGAUGAUCAGAAUUUUUUUUUUAAGGACGUAUUAAAUUAUAUACAUACUAUCAUACAAUGUAAUAAUAAUAUAUAUUAUAAAGAAAUAAAAAAUAUAAAUAUAUGUUUAAAUGUUUGUACUAACUUUUUUUUUGCAAAAAAGUUAUCUAAAAAAAAAGCUACUUAUCAUUUUGUAGAAAAUUAUGAUAUUGUCUAUAUGUACAACCUGAACUAUAUAUAUAUGAAUCACAUAAUUGUGAUUGGCACGAUGUUAGAUGGAAAUAAAAUAAACAAUGAAGGAGAAAGUGCAGAAAAUAUUACUUUUCCUACAAACACAAACAAUGGAUCAGACACAUAUAUAAAUGACAAACCUUGUAAUGAUAGUUACAAAAAUUAUGAAAAUUUUUCAACAGAAAUGAAAAUGCAAAGUGAUAUAGAAAAAAUAGAAAUUGAUACAAAAUAUAUCGAUGAUUUCGAUUUUAAUUACAAUUUGGUCGAUACUAUUUAUGUAGCAUAUAAAUAUUACACAUAUUUAGGAAUGAAAAAAAAAAAAAAAAAAAAAGUAGCUAGCCAUAGUGAUAAUAAUGAACAUGGUCAUAAUUUUUUUUUUUGUUUACCAGACAUAAAAAAAUAUAUCACAAAUAUUGUUUGUAAUUUUAUUAACAUAAUAAAUAGAGAUAUAAUAGAGGGUAAAUUAAAAAAUAAAAAAAAAAUAAUUUUAUCAUUAGAAAGAAUAAAUGAAUUAGUUACCUCAUUUGAUAUCCCUUUUAAAUUAGAUCCUUUUCUAGUUUAUCAUUGUAAUAUUUUGUUGGCUAGUAAAAUAGAUCUAACAGUUUUAGACAACAUAAAAAUAUUAGGGCUUUUAAGAAAUGUAAUCAAAAGAGAAACUAAAAAUUUGGAAAAAAAAAAAAGUAGUACCACUAUCUCCAACGAUUACACACCAAACUUAAGCAACAGUUUAGAAAACCAAAUUAAAAAUGCUAACAACAAUGAUAAUAAUAAAUAUGUUGAAAAUAAUCAUAUUAUAAAAUCCCCUUCACUUUUGAGCUAUGAACAAGAAAUAAACAAAAGGAUUGAUAACUCUCUUUUUGAUAACAUGAUUAAACUAAUUUUUGACAAUUUAAAAAAUUGUCUACAUAAUUGUCAAAGUAACAAUUUAUGUCUUUUAAUACCUAUGGUUUAUGAAUUUCAUAAAUAUAUGGAUGAAGAAAUAAAAAGUAUAUUAACUGUUCAGGUAAUAUUUAAUAAAGAUAAUAUAAAUCAAAAUAAUAUAAUAAAUAUAUUGCGAGUAUUUUCAAAAAUCAAAUAUAAAAAUGAAGCUAUUGAUAAAUUCUUGUAUAAUCGUAUGAAAAUAUUUAAUAGUAGUUACAGUGAUAAUAGUAAUUCUUUUUCUCAUGACAUACCAAAGGAAUAUAUGAGAAAUGGUGGAUUUUCUUACCCUAAAAAUUUUUACUUAUUCUUUUAUUAUAAAAGUAAAAAUAAAUUAUUUAGUUAUAAAGACAUUUAUUAUAUUGAAAAUUAUAUCCAAAAAAAUUUUUUUGAAAUGAAUAUAAAAGAUUUUCUUUAUGUUUUAUUAAUAUAUUAUAAAAAUGGUAUAUUCUUGUUGCCACAAUUGUUGCUUAAAAUUGCUGUUAUUUUUAAUAAUGCAAAAAAGAAUAUAUCCCAUGAUGAUUUAUUGUUUUGUCUAUUUUUACUUUCAAAAAAUUAUUACUUAUUAUCAAUGGACAGUAGUAAUAGUAACAUAUUUGCACACAUGGAUGAAGAAGAUAAUAAUGUUUAUUUAAAUAAAAUGAACAUGUUCAGGAAAAAUAAAUACAAUCAAAAUCAUAUCGAUAAUUUUAUAAAUAUAAUUAAUGAUAUUUUGUCAUACCUUUACGAUGAUAAAAUGAUUAAUUACAAACCAUAUCAAUUAGAAUAUAAUAAUAAUGUAGAAGACAAAACUGUAAGUAAUUUAUAUGAGAUUAAGGGAGAUCAAAAACUAGACGAUAUAAACUCAACAGAAAUAAAUCAAGAUGAAAUAAGCAAAGGCGAUAUAUUAUUGACACCUAAUGAUAUGCUAAAUGGGAACGAACAAAUUAAAGAGUUUAAGGGGGUAUUCCAAAAAUUAAAAUAUAACUUUAUAAUGAUGAAAAUAUUUUAUAAUUUUUAUUAUUCUAUUUUUAAAAAUAAUAAAAAAAAUGAAAAAAAAAUUCUGAACAGUCAGCAUGAAAAAUUUAUAUUAUAUUUAUUUUCCUGUUUUAAUCAGAAUUUUUCAAAAGACAUUAAAGAAAUAAAAUAUGUCUCAUCCUUAUUAUAUUAUUUUAGUUAUUUCAAUAUUUAUUCAGCGUCUUAUUUCGAUAAGCAAAUGUUGUAUAUAUUACAAAACUGCGAAUUUGAUGACCAUAAAAUAGUAGCAAAUAUGUUGUUAAGUUAUGUUUUUAUCAAUAAAGAAAUACAAAGUGAUGUUAAAAAACAUAUUAAGGAAUAUAUUAUAAAAAAUUUUGAACAUUUUAAUAAAAAUGAUGCAAUUUUAUGUUUUAAACAUAGCAAUUAUUUUUUAAAUUUACAAAAAACAAAAGAUAUAGACAAAUCAAGUGAUCAUAUUUUAUUCAUUAAACUUUUAAAUUUUUUAGUGUCAAAUCUUGAAAAAUAUAAACCUCAACAUUAUUUAUAUAUAUAUACAACUAUUUGUAAUAAUUUUGUGAAGGAAAAAAGAAUUUAUAUUAAAUUAUUUUAUUAUAUGAAUAAAUUUGCCACACACUAUAAUUAUGACCAAUUGUUCUUAAUACUUUUUUACAUGUACAAGACAGGUUAUAGCAAGCCAAAAAUCAGAAAAAAAAUUAGAAAUUUAAUCCUAUAUUAUCAUAAAAAAAGAGUUAUUAAUUUAAGCACCUAUAUCAAGUAUAUAUUACCACUUGAUGAAUUCGGAAUAUAUCAUUUGUUUCCAAUUAAGUUCCAAAAUAUCAUAUAUAAUCAGCUUGGGGAAGAUAUAAAAACAUAUGUAAGAAAGCCACUUAUGGAUAAUGAGAACAUUUCCAAAACGAAUUUGAAAAAUAUUACACAAAAGGAACAAGAAAAUAAUGUACAGGAUGAUAAAAAGGAGAAUAGUGGAGAUGCCCCAAUUUAUGUUUUUGAACAAAUGGUUAAAAAUUACUGA